AUGUCGCACAUCGCUCCCUCCGCUGCGAGGCAGGCCCUCCGCAUUGCUUCCCGCCGCUAUCCCUCUUCCACCUUCCCCCGCUUCUCUGCCCGCGCUGCCACCGCCAACGCCAUCGGGCGGCGAACCUAUGUAUCCGAGACGAAGCCGUCAAAUGCCACCGUCAAUGUCGACACGGCCAUCAAGGCCGACCAGAAGGCCUUCCUGAACCAGACAGGCCAGAGCCCAGAGGAUGCCACCAUGCCCACCACCGGCAUGAGCGCGGAUGCCAUGAUGAGUCCCGCAGCAGGAAUUCUGAAGCAGGCCACCAUCAUGGACGAGGGAUCCAGACCCAUCUACCUUGACGCUCAGGCUACUACGCCCAUGGACCCGCGCGUGCUCGAUGCUAUGCUGCCGUUCAUGACCGGUUUAUAUGGCAACCCACAUUCGCGCACCCACGCCUACGGCUGGGAAACCGACAAAGCCGUUGAGCAAGCCCGCGAGCACAUCGCCAACCUCAUCGGCGCAGAUUCCAAGGAGAUCAUCUUUACGAGCGGCGCCACCGAAAGCAACAACAUGUCCAUCAAGGGUGUAGCACGCUUCUUUAAGCGCGGAGGAAAGAAGAACCAUAUCAUUACCUGCCAGACCGAACACAAGUGUGUAUUGGACAGCUGCCGACACUUGCAAGAUGAGGGCUACCAGAUUACGUACCUCCCGGUACAGAGCAAUGGUCUCAUCGACAUGGCUCAACUCGAAGCGGCGAUACGGCCCGAGACCGCACUGGUCAGCAUCAUGACUGUCAACAACGAGAUUGGUGUUGUCCAGCCUGUAGAAGAGAUCGGAAGGCUGUGCCGCUCCAAGAAGGUUUACUUCCACACCGAUGCUGCCCAGGCCGUUGGCAAGAUUCCGCUCGACGUCAAUAAGAUGAACGUAGACCUCAUGUCGAUAUCCGGCCACAAACUGUACGGUCCCAAGGGAAUUGGCGCAUGCUAUGUCCGACGGCGACCGAGGGUCCGCCUUGACCCCAUCAUCAGCGGUGGUGGUCAGGAGCGUGGUCUGCGUAGUGGUACUCUGGCACCCUUUUUGAGUGUCGGCAUCGGCGAGGCCGCGCGCCUUGCCAAACAAGAAAUGGAGUAUGAUUCCAAGCGCAUCACCGCCCUUUCCAAUCGCCUCCUUGAAGGUUUACUUGCUUUGGAGCACACCACCCUCAACGGUGAUCGCGAACGGCACUAUCCAGGAUGCGUGAAUGUUUCAUUUGCCUACGUCGAGGGCGAAUCGCUCUUGAUGGCCCUCAAGGAUAUCGCCCUCUCAUCUGGCAGCGCCUGCACGUCCGCCUCCCUCGAACCCAGCUACGUCCUCCGAGCACUUGGCAGCAGCGACGAAAGCGCACACAGCAGUAUUCGAUUUGGUAUCGGGCGAUUCACUACCGAAGCAGAGAUUGACUACGUGCUUAAUGCAGUGAGGGAACGCGUAACGUUCCUCCGAGAGCUCAGCCCGCUUUGGGAGUUGGUGCAAGAAGGUGUUGACCUCAACACGAUCGAGUGGAGUCAACAUUAA